AGAAUUUCUCUUUUCCUCCCAGAAAUAGCAUCAUGUCUGACAUACACUCAACAGCAUACAGGUAUGAUGCUGUGUGCACGGAACUUGGAGUUACUCCGAAUCCCUAUGUUGUGAAAAUGCUUGAAAGGGAGAAAGAGGAAACAGUGUUUGAAUUCAAAGAAAACAUGCACCUGUAUCUUGCUGGGAACAACCACCUGCUAACAGACAAGCGCCUUGUGGAUGAUGACAUGAUUGCCUUGUACAAAACACUACAGAACAACCUUUAUGUCACCAGCAUAGAUCUAAGGUUCAACAAUAUCACUGAUGAAGGAGCUAAACAUAUAGCUAAACUUAUUGAGGAGAGUGCAACUCUGAAGGACAUAAAUCUGAUGGGGAAUGACAUUGGUCCUGAGGGAGGAGAAGCUCUGGCCAAAGCACUGCAGAGCAACCAAUGUUUAAAAGCUUUGAGAUUAACAGCAAACAAGAUAGGAAAUAGAAGCGGCAUGGCAUUUGCUCAGGUUUUACAAGUCAACAACACAUUAGAGGCCCUAGAUGUAGCAGAUUGUAAUUUGACCAUUGAAAGUAUCAUCGCAUUAUCAACAGUUCUUUACCAAAACAAGUCAUUGAAGGCACUUAAUAUCAACAGACCACUUCUAUUCACCCAUCAAGAGGAGACAACUGUGCACUAUGCUAAGAUGCUACAUGUGAACACAACAUUAGAGGAAAUUCACUUACAGAAGUAUGACAUGAGAGAUUUUGGGGCAACUCGUCUUGCAGAGAAUUUAAUGCAAAACAAUAGUCUGAAGUACCUUGACUUAAGCUGCAAUAGAGUGACCAGAGAUGGUGCAUUAGAGCUUGCUAAGGUCCUGAAGGAAAACACGGCUAUUGAGAUUCUGGAUCUCGGUUAUAACAGACUGGAAGAUGAUGGGGCUUGUCAUAUUGCAGAAGCUCUUGGUACAUACAACACUAAUCUUAAAACACUGGUGGUGUCAUAUAACAAUAUUGGAAACAAAGGGCUGUGUGCCUUGGCUGAUGCCCUGAAAGUGAAUACAUCUCUUGAACAAAUCUUUAUCUGGGGGAACAAACUGGAGGAACCAGCAACUAUUGCUUUUGCUAAUUUACUGGAGAGUGGCAGAAUAAACUCAGAGAAUACAGACAUCCGUGCCUAUGUAGUAGAUGGAGUAACAAAGCUUUGUGAAUUAAACAAUACAAUCCGCAGACAUUAUUACUAUGCCCCAAGUUACGGAGAUGAUGUUCCUAGCUGGCAGCCAAGGGGACAAAACCCACGAGGGUCCGAUGUUGUUGCAAUCAAGAAUUUCACCACAUAUUAGACUUCAUUAUAAAAUUUAGACAUUUCAUUUUUUACUUCUCAUUUUCUGUAACAUACUCAUUUAACUUAACACAAAUGUUCACAUCAAUGAAACAUGUAACUUAAUCAUUAAAAUUUAUUUGUAAAUUUGUAUAAAUAUGUGUGUGAUUCUUUUAUUUGUGUGCAUACUGCAAAUAAGUCUGGAUCUGAAAAACUAACCUGCAAGCAGGUGGCACAGUAAGUGUUGAAAGUUUUAAUUUCAUGUACAUGUAAUAAAAAUAUGUAAAUAUUGUACAUAACUUUCCAGGAAUGUUAUUAAAAAUUUGUAAAUAAAUUGUGAAAUAUCUUUCAAUA